GAAGACAAGCACAAGCUUUGUAUCUUCGGCUGAUGUGAUUUUGUUGUGGAUUAUCUGUCUUCGUUAGCAUUAGCUAGCAGUGCUGCCAAAUAUGCCGACUGGCAGCCGGCAUAUUUUGGUUUUCUGAGGUGUAUAAACGCUCUCUAUUUUCCUCAUUCGUAAAGUCUAAGCGGAAAUGUUAAGCGUGGAGUCAUUGCAAGUGGCUGAGGAGGAGGUGGUUGAAUCCAGCUCCAACAAACUCGGUGACAUUUACACUUUUGUGGCUAAAGGCUGCUUUCCUCAGACGAUCAAUCCUUUACGGAAGAAGAACCUGAAAAGAUACGCACAGAAAUUUAUCAUUGAUGAGGGUAAGCUGUACUAUGUGGGACCCAAGAAAGACGAGAAGAGGGAGGUGGUGAUCGAGGCUGAAAGGAAGAGGCAGAUUUUUCUAGACUGCCAUUUCAAUGACAUCGGUCAUCACCUGGGCCAAAAGAAGACUGUCCACAGGAUCCAGAGCAAGUACUACUGGCUGGGGAUCAUCAAGGACGUAGUGGAUUGGAUAAAAGUAUGUGAGACCUGUCAGCUCACAGAGAGGAAUAAAAACCUGGCGAGGACGGUUCGGCCUAUAAAAGUGGAAGCACCUUGGGAUAUUGUUGGCAUUGACCUAAUAGGGCCUUUCCUAGAGACACAGCAAGGCAACACCAAUGUUAUAGUCCUCAUUGAUUACUUCAGUAAAUGGCCAGAAGCUUUUCCAGUGCAAAAGACAGAUGCUCUCUCUGUUGCGAGAUGUAUUUCCAAAUGCAUAUACAGGUUUGGUGCACCUAAAACGAUAGUAUGUACGCAGAAUGCUGACUUCUGUGAUGAGGUGACAAAACUGCUGUGCGAUAGGUGGAGCAUCAUGCAGAAGGUGUCUCCUCUGGAUCAGCCUCAGCUCAACCCGCUUCACGACUGCACGAGUCCUUUGCUGAAGGAAGCCAUAGUGCAGAUGGUAACGGAAAAGCAGGCCGAAUGGGACGACUUCCUGGACCCUGUGCUGUUCCUGUUCAGGACAUCCACCAACCCUACGACCAAGUUCAGCCCUUACUCCCUCAUGUUCAGCAGGAAAGCUAAUUUACCAAAUGAGACUACUUUGAGCCUACUGAAUUAUGACGACCAGGAGCAGGAUAUGUAUUCCACAAAGGAGAAGGCCUCAACGUAUAUAACCAUAAUGCAGGAGCAGCAGAACUCUGUGAAGCAGCUGACUAGUCUAAUCAUAUGGCAGGGAGGAAGAGUAAAUUCAGAAACCACCAGAGUGAGAUGUUGGAUGAAGAGCUGCAGACAACAGUUUCUCACUGCACCUCUGCAAACAGCUCACCUCCAACAGGUGAUCGCCAAUAUGAAUGCAGCCUACAAACAAGAGAAGAAGAAGAAUGCCAAACGCAGGACACAUAACAUGCCCUCGAUGACCUUUAAAAUGGCAGAUCCUCUGUUCGGUGCAGGGGACUCCCCCUCCCCAAAAAAACUAAAAGACAGUUUGUAUUUAUCUUUUCCUGUUGAGACAGUGCUGGCCACUGAGCAAAGCAGCUCAGAGGACAUGAAGACUGAGUUAGAGUAUCACUUGGCUGACUCUGAUGUCCACUGAGGAGGACUGUUUGGAAGAGGUGGAUCAGUGGAGCAGGACUACAUGUUGUCAUGAGCCUCCUGACGUCUUAGACAGAAGAUGGAAAUCCAGAUGUUGGUGAAACGAGUGUGAUGAUUUGUGUUACUAAUGCUAAUGCUGGUUGAACACAAUCUUGGUUGGUGUUUCACUCGUAGAUGAAUCUGGCAUUUAGAAAAAGAAUCCACUGGCCAAAGUAAUGGCAGUACACUUUGACCCACAUGAAUUAUUGAGCUUUUUGUUCUGUUUCCCUUUAAAAAACAACCAAAACAUUUCCCUUGAAAUGAUAUUAACUUAUUCUUUUUUUCCACUGUGUCAAGCAAUAGAUUUUUAAACAACAAUGCUUAAAAUUAAAGGUAUUGUUUAAUUUGUGUGACCUUGGUGUAAUGUCAUUACCUGAUGGGAAGUCUGAUAUUGCUUAAAGACGCUGAUUAGUGUUAGUCUGUGGAAUCUCUUGCUUGUGAGAGAAGGUCAUAGCACACAUAAAGAGGCUAGCUGCCUCUGUUGUUAGGUAUGGUCUUGUAUGCCUAAAAUUAGCCAGGUUGAAUUUAAUAGUUCCGCCCACCCUUUUAACAUGCUCUUUAAACAACAGAUUUGAAUCAAGGAUUAUUUCAAGAUAUUUAAAGUAAGAUAUCCCUGACCUUUGACCUUUUUUUACUUUAACAAAAACAUUGGGUUGGUGAGUGGGUUUCUGUGUGAAAACACAGUUUUGUUUAUCUCCAGGUGUAAAUAUGAACUGCUUAAUCAAUCAGAUAGUUUGUUUUUAGCAUACACAUGAAGAACUGUGUCAUCUUCAUAUAUUUGUUGAUAGAUGGGUAGAGUAAAAGCAGGUUGUUAAUGUACAAGCUGAACACAGUAGGGCCCAGUAUUGAUCCUUGAGGAACACCAAUGUUACAGUUAAGGUAUAUUGACUAAGUAUUGCCAAUACAUACACUAAUAAUUUUAA